UCAAUAGACUGGAUCUGGAUGUGACUAAUCUUUCAGAUAUCGCCACAAAUGCUUUCAAAGGGGCGAACAUUGUAGAGCUUAAUAUAAUGAGAAGUGAGUUAAAGAUAGAGAAAGCCAUCGAUGCCAUUUCCAAUAUUAGGGAUAGGUUGCGCAAGUUAAGUAUCAAUCUGGAUAAUAACAUACACCAUGAUAUACCUGAAAUUAGUCAAUACCAGGGAAGGGAUGAUGAGAUGUAUUCGUGUGUUAAUAAUACCUCUUUGGGAACACUUAUCGAUAAAUUGGGACAAUAUUUAAGUGAUGUUACGAAUUCAGCGAUGGGUCUGAAUCUAAAACACAAGAAUCGGUUGGUUUUGGGCGAUAGAGUUGAGUGUGUUUUCUGGGACUUUGAUCACAAGAAGUGGUCAUCAGAUGGAUGUCAUGUAAUGGAGAGUGAAUCCAAUCGCGAGACAACUGUCUGUGAAUGCAAUCAUUUGACUAAUUUUGCGGCUCUUAUGGACACUUCCGGUCGAGAAGAUAAUAGAAUGGAUAGAAAAGAAUGC